GCAACCCAUAUCCCAUCUGUCACUUAUUCUGUCAUUGGGCAGGACAAAACAUUAUUUCAUGAUAGUAGCGUUAUUUCACGUUAGACAACUUUCAACACUAUUACCGUAAAAACCCAGAAGGUAUGGGCUCAGGGGAGAGUACGACCAGAAAAGUGUCUUUCGGUGUGGAUGAUGAGGACAGGGUUCGGAUUCUCCGUGGAGUCAAGCUAUCAGAAGACGUUCUCCAGAGGAUGAAAGGAGUGGCCAACAUUGCUCCAGAACCCAAACCAUCAACAACCUCCAGCCCUAAGAAAGACACAGGUGCUUCGAGCCCUCGACCCCAGAAGAGCCCACAGAGCCGGCCUCAACCCAAGACCCAGUCCAGCACCAGCAAACCCACGUCCUAUGCUAGUGAAGAACAGAAAAGGUUUGAACGUCAGCAGACAAAACUGAAGGAGGACUUGGCGAGGGCGGCACAAAAAGACAGCGAGGCAGCGAAGGAGGAGAUGAUUAAAGCCAUGAGCCGGGAUCGACACAACAAACGCCAGGAAGCAGAGCGGGCCAAACAACUGUCUGCAGAUGAGAUAGAAGUGAUGGCUCAGAAGCUACAGACGAAAGAUUCACAGCUGAAAGCGUUGGAUGCUUUCUACAAGGAGCAGCUGGCACUACUGGAGAAGAGGAAUUUGGAAAGAUAUCAACAGAGCAAGGACCAAUUCCACGAAGGUGCCAACAAGACUGAGGCAAGCGUGAGGUAUCGUAGCACAGACCCAGUGUGUGCUGGCCUGCAGGCUCAGAUUUUAUCCUGUUACAAAGCCAACGGGGAUCAGACCUUAAAGUGUUCAGACCUGGCCAAAGAGUACAUGCAGUGUAUCGAUGCUGCAAAGAAGAACCUGCUGGUCAACCAUGGAUGAAGACACGAAGAAAAACGGAUAAAACAGUGAUUUGACGACGGCUUUGUACCUCUGCACUGAGAACGGCACAUGUUGUAUCCCUGUUUUGAAAUAUAAGAAAGUUGCUUUUAGAAUGCCUUGAUCUUAAAACUUUCUUUUUAUCAUAUUUAUUUGAGUUAUCAUCUAUUGAGGUUUCUUUAUGAUUCUGCACAGCUACGUUAUACGGGGAAGCUUUUGAAUAAUACAAAAAAAAAAGUGUGUAUAUUAGAUUCAUGGCCUGAAGCCGUACUCUUCCAAGUCAGCCUUUUUACAACAUCAGAGGAAAGUAUUUCUGAGAUCUGAGUUGUAAAGAUCCAUUCAGGAUGAGUUCUUCCUCCCAUCAUCUGAAUGUGAGAUUCAGUCCGUCACGUCCUCUGCUGCUUUUGUUGAGACGAAGAAAAGAAAAGUCAUUUCAGGUAGGAAUUUAAUCGGGUCCAUUUACACCGUCCUUGUUUUGAUCUCCGACUGCAACAGGAGCUGAUUGAGUUUUAUUGCUUUUGAGUUUUAUAGUUUUGUAUUUUUUCAAAGACAGGAACAAACUCAGGUUAUCCUGGCCAUGACUCUAAUUCAUCCAGUGUAUGGUGUAGUGUAUGAUUUUAUUAAAACGGUCAUAUCCUUUGA